UGCAUUCCGAUCCGCAACCUGAGUUAAGAAAUGGUAGAAACCUUGACACCCACAUCAAGUCCAUCAUCUUGGUGGUGCCGUUGGAUCCCUACUAAUACCACAUUUUUUUCACUCCACAAACCCCUUCUGCUUGCUCUCUGGCUGGCCUUUUUGUUUACUGUGUUUUACUGGCAGCGGGAUGCCGCCACCGCUGGCGGCCUAUUGCUUUUCCGGCGGGAUUUUCCAUCUCGGAUGCUCAUCCUUCCCAAGCUCCGGCCCGUGGCAUUUAACUUGAAGGACUUUGGUGGAGUGGGGGACGGAAUCACUCUCAACACAGCCGCGUUCGAGAGUGCCAUGUUGGCGAUUUCGAAGCUGCGGAAAAAGGGUGGUGGGCAGCUCAAUGUGCCACCUGGGUAUUGGCUCACGGCUCCCUUUAAUCUCACUAGCCAUAUGACUCUGUUCCUUGCUGAGGGUGCUGUAAUUCUUGGUAUUGAUGAUGAGAAGUAUUGGCCACUGAUGCCUCCAUUGCCUUCAUAUGGAUAUGGUAGAGAACAUCCUGGACCACGAUUUGGAAGUUUAAUUCACGGCCAAAACCUCAAGGAUGUUGUAGUUACAGGAUAUAAUGGCACCAUUGAUGGACAGGGACAAACAUGGUGGAAGAAGUAUAGGCAGAAGCUUCUUAACAACACAAGAGGACCACUUGUGCAGAUUAUGUGGUCUACUGAUAUUCUGAUAUCUAAUAUAACAUUGCGUGACUCUCCCUUUUGGACGCUUCAUCCCUAUGACUGCAAAAAUGUCACAAUCAGAAACGUAACAAUCUUGGCACCCAUUUUUGAAGCUCCAAAUACUGAUGGCAUAGACCCUGAUUCAUGUGAAGAUAUGGUAAUUGAGAACUGUUACAUAAGUGUGGGAGAUGAUGGCAUUGCAAUAAAGAGUGGUUGGGAUCAAUAUGGGAUUGCCUAUGCACGGCCUUCAACGAACAUACGCAUUCGAAACCUUGUUGUUCGCACCAUGGUGAGUGCCGGCGUAUCAAUAGGCAGUGAGAUGUCUGGUGGGGUGUCGAAUGUCACUGUGGAAAAUGUCCAUGUAUGGAAUUCAAGGCGUGCUAUUCGGAUCAAGACAGCCCCUGGAAGAGGAGGAUACGUUCGACAUAUAACAUAUCAGAACGUGACACUUGAUAAUGUUCGUGUGGGAAUUAUCGUUAAGACAGAUUACAAUGAAUAUGCAGAUGACGAGUAUGACCGCAAUGCUAUUCCAAUACUAGAGGACAUAAGCUACACGUCGAUACACGGUGAGGGAGUUCGUGUGCCAGUUCGUAUUCAUGACAGUGAUGAAAUUCCUGUAAGAAACAUCACGUUCCGUGAUAUUUCCAUAGGAAUAACACAUAAGAAGCAGCACAUAUUCCAGUGUUCUUAUGUUCAAGGUCGUGUUAUAGGGAAUAUUUUUCCUGCUCCUUGUGAAAACCUCGACCUAUACGAUGAGCAAGGCCAAUUGAUCAAACGAUCUGUUUCUCAAAAUAUGUCAGUUAUAGAUUAUGAUUUUUGAAAGAAUUCUACAUUUUUCAGUUUUUUCAGUUGUCAAUAUGUUCUCGUAUGUUUCGUAAAAGUUCCAGUAGAACUGGGCAACAUGCUUGGAUCAAUCAAUCCGAUUGCCAAGUUAACGUUUUAGUAGUUCGUUACACCAUUUCGCCUCUGUAAUUUUCACUUUUAUCAUGCCUUGUAUAUGUAAUAAAUAUUCAGUUGACACAUUCAGGACCUCUUAUAUUCUUCA